GGAUCUUUUUUGUAGACGAGCAAAUGCAUAUCACUGGAAGUCAGGUCAGGCUGGUAUGAGUUUACAGCCCCAGAUAUUGUCACAAAACAAAGAAAACUUUGGAAAGAUUUCUUCAGGCAAAGUAAAAUUGAAGAUUCUCAAAGAACAAGUUCAAGUUCCAGAGCCAGCUAAAAAGACACAUACAUGUAAAUUAAUGAAUGUUGCAACAGAGGAAAAACCUAAAGUUAAGGGGAAAGCAUGUGGUCAAUGUGAAACAAAGACUGCACUACUGGUGUGCUUGGAGUGUGGAGAGGACUACUGUCCUGCCUGUUUUGCCAGAGUACACCAGAAGGGGGCACUAAAGCUCCACAGAACAACUUCUUUGCAGACAAAAACACGUGUCCCAGUUGUGAAACUUAAAGCUGCACAGCAGUUCCUGAAAACAAUCCAUCCUGAGCAGUCUAAUGGCUGGAUGAACAAUGGACAAAAGAAAGAAGCCAAUGAUAUGUUAGAAGAUACAUUAGACCUUCCAACACCUUUACCAGAAAUGCCAACAUGUAAUACUGAGGAAGCUUCUACAGUACCUUCUUCUGAGAUUAGGUCUGAGAGCCAGAGUGGUGGCUCUUUAUUUCAUGGUACCUUCGAUGAGGAAGAAUCAGCAAAAUCUUUUCAGGAAGCUCUAAAUCAGUGGAGAAGUGGAAAUUCUUCUCAAAAAUCUAAGGAGGAACAUUCUUGUCAAGUUGGUUCAGAAAAUUCAGGUACUUGUCAAGUGCAGACAAGUCCUCCAGUUGUGAAAAAACCUAUUGAAAUUGAAUUCAAAGAAGAUAGUUUGAAAUACAUGGAAAGAUUGUUGAUUAAAAAGCAUAGAAGAAUUCCAAUUGAUAAAUUACCAGAUAGCGUUAUAGCAGAUGAACUGAAACUUGAAAAAUCAUCGAUAAAUGAAAUUCAUGAUAGCUGGGUUGGAGAAGAUGAAGAUGAUGAUGAAAUAGCAACUGCUCGUUUUGCAGUUGCAGAAAUGAAAGAAUAUUGGUCAAAUGUUUUUAGACAAGAAGAACCUGAGAUAGAUCUUGCGAACUCUGAGCCUUCUUUAAAAAUUAAGAUUCUUGAAGAUGCUUACAAAGAGGAGUCAGAAGAGUCUACUAAUUUUGUAGUGAUGGAAGCUGGAUCUGAUGAAUUGAUUGAUAGCAGUGAUGCCAUGUCAAAAAGCUGGAAAACUGAAGCAGACAUUUUUCUGGCACAAGCUGCCGAUGUUACCACAAGGUCACCUCUUUCUUCUACAGACAGAAGGGGAAAGUGUUCAACUUUUCUUCAUAAUAAAUAUGAAGAAACUGUUAGAGCUACUACACCUUUUUCACAGUCUGAAAGAGCUGAGGCUGCCUGUGGCUGUUCCAGUCCAGAAGAAAUGCUUCCCAGCACCCCCUUUGAAAGAGCUAUGGCAAAAGAAAAAUAUGCUAAAACAAAAAGGAGUAGUUCUUGCAUGUCAUCUGAGCAAACACUUAAUCCUCUCAAAUUGGCUUCCACUGAACCUUUGGCUACAAUGGAAUUGCCCAGAGACUACAAAGUACCUAUGGAGUUGAAUGAAGCUUCACCACUCAACAUCAACCCCUCAGUGUUCUUACAGGUAGCCCAGAGAGAGAAGCCUAUUCAUCAUCCAUAUCAAGGACUUGAAAGAUUUUUUACUGUGGGUGGAAGCUGUCAGCAGGUUAUGAUGAACUCGUUUCCUUCUCUGUAUAUAGGCAGCUGUUCUCCAAGCAGCAGCAUUUCAUUUUCAGGGACUGAGAAGUGGAUGAAACACUUAAGCUUAGGUGAAUGUGCCAAUGAGUGUGUUGUGCAAGAUGUCUUGAAAAGAGAGCUCAGCAGACCAUUAAGUAGAUGGGGAAGGCAAAGCCCAAAUCCUAGAACUUCUCUUUUGGUCUCAUACACGGAUAGUGCUUCUCCAAGACCCUUGUCUGCAAACGCUCCCCUUUGCAGAACCGUUAAACACACUUCUCAUUUUUCUUCAGUCCUUGAGGCAGGGCCCAAAAGCUCAGCUACCUUGCCUUUGUCUCGUGCUGCUUCUGAAAUUUCAGAAAUUGAAGGCAUUGAUAUCAGUGAGCAUGAUGAUCUUUUCUGGGAGUAUCGUACUGAUCAAAAAGCUUUAGCAGAUUUAGCAGACGAAUUGCAAAGUAAUUCAGAUUCUUGGGAAAAUCUCAGUGGCUUAACCUCUGGUGACUUCAACAGACAGUCAAAAAUGACAUGUCAACAUCUUCCUGAUUUUCAUAAUAACCAUGAAAUAAAUGACUACAGUAAAGGCGAUACUAUAAGAAUUUAUGAUGAAAGCCAUACAGAUGAUGAGGAAGACAAGAGGGACAAGCAGGAGGUGAUAGAAUUAUGUUGAGAAGAGAGAGAGAGAUUUAAAGGCGGAAUCUUAUCUGAUACAACUUUGCACUCAUAUCAUAUAAAAUCAUCAAGCCAAGGUGCUUCAAGUUUAUGGAUAAACUGAUCUUAAGAGAAAAUGGAUCUCAAUAAAUAAAGUGCAUGUUGAUACUGAAACAAAGUAGCAACAGCAACAACUACAACAAAAAAAGUUUGUUUUUUUCUGUUUCAGUGACCUCUGAUAGAGUUGGGAGAUACCCCCAAGGGCCAUCCAGUCUUACUCCUUGCCAUGCAGGAAUACACAUGUCACUCUUGACAGAUGACCACCUAGCCCCUACUUAAAAACCUACAAGGGAAACUCCACUACACACCAAGACAUAAUAUUCCACUUUUGAGCAGCUCUUAACUGUCAGGAACAUCUUCCUAAUAUUGAGGUGGAAUCUCUUGUUCUGUAGCUUGGAUCCAUUGCUCUGUGCCCUGGUCACUGGAGCAGCAGAAAGCAAGCUUGCUCCACCUUCCAAAUAACAUCCUUUCAAAUAAUUAGUCUGACCAAAGCAGAAUAGGGUGGUGAUAUUACUUCCCUUGACCCAUGUUAAUCAGUGAACCUUAAAUAUACUGGCCAAAGAAAGAAAGAAUGUACAUACUGAAAAGAUUAGUGAUUGUAAAGCUUUCUUCUUGUUCACUGAGAUAGCUCUCUUGGAUUUUGACCUGUAAUCUGCAGCUGUAUAUUAGCAGAUUAUUGGUGUAACACAGUAGGUAUGUGUGCUAUGUGGCCAGUAAAUAACAAGCGAGGAUCUACAGUAAAGGUUGCAGCACCUUCCAGCCCCCAGCCUGUGUUCUUGUUCAGGACUCUAUUCAGCCUAAAACCAGAGGGGCCAAAGGAGAAGCAGGACAUUUAAAAAAUGUCCUGUUCUAUAUCACUUAAUACUAAAGGAUUUAGGUAUAGGGCUAGCCAUCAGCUUCCAACAUGAAUUUUUUUCACAAUAGUGGAAAGUAGUUUAAUGAAAGAGAAAAUAUUUCCUUUCCCCCUAACUUCUGAGAUCCACCCUUCAUAUAUUGCAGAUAAGAGAUUGUUUUAAACCUUUUGGUGAGCAUCCCACAUAUCUUAAUACUAAAGUUUACACCAAGGAUGCUAUAUGGUUGCCGGUUCCCUCUCCAUCCCCCCCCCCUCACAUGCCAGUUGGACUUUUGAAACUACUGAGCAUAUUGUUUGUUGGACUUUUUAAAAAUGUUGUUCAUUUAACCUACCAAUUAUUAUUUGGAAUCCCUGAAAAUGGGGGAAAAUACUAGUUUGUUUGGGGAUGAUCCUUUUGCUUUGCCACUCACUCAGGCCUGGGACCAGCCUAUUCAGAAUGACCUUCACUGAUUGACAAUUUGUCAGCACCCAAGCACAAAUCUCAAGACUGUUCUCACACCCUGGGGUGCUGCUGUGGCCUUUUACUGGAUGAGGGGGGUAUGGGGGUGACCAGCCAGCCUCCAUCUUGGCUGUGGUUCUGCAGCUAAAGGAAGAAAAAUGGGGUUGCUCUCCUGGAUCUGGUUUCUCUAACUGUGGAACUGUAGAGCUAACAUGGUGUAAUGGUUUCAGCACUGGACUGUGACUCUGGAGAGUAAGGUUUGAAUACCCAAGUCAGCCAUGAAAACCCAUUGGGUGAUCUUGGGGCAAAUCACAGUUCCUCAAUUUCAGAUGAUGGCAAACCCCCUCUGAAGAAACUUGCCAAGAAAACCCUGUGAUAGAUUCAUGUAAGGGGUGCCAUAAGUCCGAAAUGACUUGAAUGUAUGCAAUACACACAACUGUAGAAUUACAGCUGGACAUUGGCUGGUAACUUUCCUUCAUCCUACUCAGUAGUCACCACCUGGUUAUGACAGUGCCCCAGAGCAUGGCAGGUGGGAUAGCAUGGAGUUGCACAUACAAAGUUUUAUGCUCCUUAUUCCCUGCUACAGGAUAUUGAGCAUCAUUUUUCAGGCUUACUUUACAGAUGACAGGUGGGAUUCUCUGUGCUUCCAGGUGUUGAACUGCAACUUCAAGCAUCCCUAGGCAAUUCAGCAACAUAGGGAUAUGCACACAAUUUCUCUUCUUGAUAUAGAAGAAUUAAUGAGAUGACAAGGUGGCUGUCCUUCAAAUUUCUCUCAGAGCAAUAUUUGAAGUCAAUUUGAUGGUUCUGUUAGAAGUCAAAUAUCUGAACACUUUUGAGGAACAUAAUCCCCCCCCCCAUGAGACCAGCCAGAUCUUUUCAGAUGUCCUGUGUCCCUGGUGAAUGUCAUCUUUCUAUUUUAAAUUAUGCCGCCACCUUUUACAAGAAACUGGAGGUAAAUACAAAUAUAAAAAUCCCAAUCAUGAAACAUCAGUAAUAGAAAAGUUGAACAGAAACUGAACAAUCAGGCAAAAGGGGAACAACGAAAGCAUGACAGCAGGAUAGAUAGCCAAAAUAUUACCAAAACACAUGACCAAAUGGACCCCAAAACAGCUAUAUUUUCACCAAAUGAAACGGCUUAAUUAAGUGUUAAGCUGAUGAUCCCAGGAAGAGCAUUGCUCAGCAGUGUUAACUUGACUGAAACAUUUUAGAAGUUCUAGACAGUUUAAACAAUGUCAGCUGCCUUGGGUAUUAUUUUUUAUGGAAGGGCAGGAUAAAAUGCAAUACGUAACACACACGUGCCCCAUGGCCAACUACCCUGUCUUAGCUUACAAGUGGGAUGUUAACAAGGUUUCUAAUGUAAAUUAGAGUGCAUUGGAUAUGCUUUUCAAACUAAAGAAUGCACAGAAGACUAAUCAGGUGCAAUGCUGUAGCUACUUACCUGCGUACAAAGUAAGUCCUGGUGGAUUAGGCAGUUCUGAUUUGUAAGAACAUAAGAAGAGCCAUGCUUGAUUAGAAGAGCUGAAGGCCUAUUUGUUGAAUAUUCUAUUCACAGUGGCCAGAAUAAUGCACAUGUUCCUCUGUAUCAAGCACUAGGCAGCAUAGUGCCUCUGAUAAUGGAGAUAAUACAUAAUCAUAAUGACUAGUCACCUUUGAUAGUCUAGUUGUUCUGUGUCUAACUUCUGUGUCUGACUUAUGGUGGCCCUAAAGCGAAUGUAUCGCUGAGAGUGUGUGACUUAACCAAGGUCACUGGGGGCAGGGAAUUCCAUGGCUGAGCAGAGGAUUGAACCCUGAUCUCCAGAGCUGUAGUCCAUCACUCAAAUCACUACAAUAUGCUAGCUCCCCUUUAAAGGUUGUAGACUAUGAUGGCCAACACUACAUAUUUUGAUAGAAAAGGCUGCAGUUUGUAGGCUUUAUGGGAAAAAUGUUCCCUUUUUGUCUUGAAUUUUCCACUAAUUAGUGGAUGACAUCAGGAUCUAGCAUUACAAAAGGGAGAAAAUACUUCUCCAUAUUCGCUUUCUCUACACUAUGAUCCUCUUCCUCUUCCUGAGCUAAAAAUUCCCCAAAGUAUCUUUUCUUACAGCUAACCUACACCAGUCACUUACCUUGUUGGCUGUACUUUUACAGCUGUGUAAUAUCCAUUCAGAAAGUAUUCAUUUAAGUAAGGAUUAUGCUGUAAAACAAUAUGAAUAUGGCACUGCAUUGUAAAAUAGUAUAAAGUAUUGUUUUACGGUUGUGUACAGAAUAAUUUUAUUUGCUCUGAUUGUUAUCAGCUUAGUUCCCUGUAAUAGUAAUGCCAAAGUCGAUUAGGAACUGUUGCAAAGAGAAUGUGAUUAGACCUGCAUACUAGAUUAAACCUUUGGGUUUGGGGAAAUGUGCAGACCUAACACACUUACGCACAUUUUCCCUCCUGUUAUAUUGAGCCAAUUGACAUUUGCUGUAGUAGUUAUCUGUAACAUUUCCAGGAUUCUUUGUGCAAUUUUACGUUGCAUUGAAAAUUUCUUAUUAGAACCACCAUAUAGUUCCAUAAGCAGAUAAUUUCUGACCAAUAGUACCCCUUUAAAAAAUCCUGGAUUCAAAAGUCAUUUUUAUCAGGGUGAGGGGAACCAUUCAACCAAUGAUGUUACAGACUGGAAUAUGUGCUCUGGAUUAUUCACAUUUAAAAAAAAAACUUCUGGGUAAAACGUCAUUUUUCUCUUAGGGCUUAUUCCUACUGGCAGAAUAACAUGGGUUAUGAUUUGGAUCUGCUCUGUGUUUGUAAUUGAUUUUGUUCUUACUAUAAA